AUGCACUCCUGGUGCAAGAUCGUGCUCUCCAUCGGCUUUUCAGCGCCUGAGGUAGAGGGUCUGGAGAACUUGCCGCCCAAGGAUGAGACGGUCCUGGUGGCUGCGAACCACAUGUCAUGGUUCGACGUGCCAGUCCUCCAUGGCUUCUUGGCAGGGAGAUUGCUGUGGUCGUUUGCGAAGGCCGAGCUGGUGAAGGUCCCCGUGCUCGGGACGUACAUGCAGACAGCGGAGCACAUCCUGAUCUCCAGGGAGUCGAGGAAGAGUCAGCUGGAGUCGCUGAAGAGCGCCAUCAAGACGCUGUCCCUCAGCAGGAACGUGUUCAUCUUUCCCGAAGGGACGAGGAGCCUGGACGGGAAGCUGAGGCACUUCAAGGGCGGAGCCUUCACCAUCGCGCGCAAGAGCGGCGUUAAGAUCGUCCCCGUGACUCUGAUCGGCAACGAUGUUGUCUUCCCCGCCAACGCUCUGAUGCCUCUGUGCCCCGGCAGGGGGAUCAUGAAGAUGGUUGUACACCCGGCCAUCGACCCAGAGGGGAAGACCGACGAGGAGCUCAUGGAGGAGACGAGGGUCGCGAUCGCCAGCGCGUUGCCGGCAGAGAAAGUCGCUUCAUGA